AUGCUCCUGUCACCGCCGUGGUUGUCGAAAGACAAUCUCGUCUUCGGCUGCGAGAUCCUAACGGUCAGCUUCAUCGCCUAUCUUUUCGGAUUGGUCAUCUACAACCGCUGGUUCCAUCCGCUCAAAAACAUCCCGGGCCCCUUCUGGGCUUCAAUCACCAGUCUGUGGUAUUGUCGAGCCGUGCGCUGUGGUCGAGGACAAGACUAUCAACUGCCGAUCCACAAGAAAUACGGCUCUUUCGUGCGCCUCACGCCGAACCUGGUGCAGAUAUCGGACCCGGCGGCCAUCGAGACCAUCUACGGCCCGAAACACGAGUUCAUCAAGGGCGACUUCUAUCAGGGCUUCAACCCCAAGAUCUCCACACGACAAGACAACUUCACCGAACCAAAUGAAGCGGCCCACGCCCGGAGACGGCGCACCGUCGCGCCCCUCUACACGCAGGCGGCUGUUCUCGAAUACGAACCAUGCGUGGACCGAUGCAUCGCCCUCUUCUACCAGAGGAUGGAAGAGUUUGCUGCGUCGAACGCGGUCAUCGACAUGUCGAUCUGGUUGCGGAAGUAUACGUUCGACAUCAUCGGCGAGAUCUUCUACGGCCGCGAAGGCGGCUUCGGCUUCAUCCGCGACAACAUCGACUACAACAACUGGUGCCACCUGAUGGACGUGAUGCCGAACCCCGUCGCCGCCAUCAGCUACGUCCCCUACGGUCUGCGCAACUUGUAUUUCAUGUUCCAGAUGCUGUAUCCGGACACGCGCGCCGGAGCCAAGGGCUUCUUUACAGUCAUCGAUCAAUCGCACGCCGCCGUGAAGCAGCGUCUCGACGACAUGGCCGCGGGUAAACCCGUCAACAGACACGACGUGCUGAGCAAACUGCUUGAUAUCGCGGCCAGUAAUGAGAAGCAGAACAAAGACAACAACUUCGAUUUCGGCAUUCUCGACGUCACCACCGAAAUCUGGGCCAUGAUCUGGGCCGGCAGCGACACGACCUCGAUCGCCCUAUGCUCCAUCUUCUACUACCUGCACAAGAACCCCAGCACGUUGGCCAAACUGCUCGCCGAGAUCGACGCCGCCUUUGCCGACGGCACGCUGAAAACGCCCGUGCGCUUCAACGACGCCAUCAAACUGCCCUACCUGCACGCCGUUGUGCGUGAGGGCAUGCGCAUCCACGGUUCGCUGGGCACGGGACUGCCGCGCAUUGUCCCGCCUGGCGGCGUGGAGAUCUGUGGCUUCUAUUUCCCCGGCGGCACCGAGGUCACGAUGAACGCCAAUGCCGUGCAGUUCGACAAGGGCGUCUUCGGGGAAGACAGCGAGUCGUUCGUGCCGGAGCGCUGGAUCCGCGAUGGCGAACGCGCCGCCGCCAACAUGGAGAGGCACAUGUUGCAGUUCGGCCAUGGGAAGCGUAUCUGUAUCGGCCGCCAUAUCACCAAUACCGAAAUGUACAAGUUGCUGCCGACCGUCUUGCGCGAUUUCGAGUUCGAGCUGGUCGGAAGUAAAGAAUGGGAGACGUGGCAGGGGUGGUUUCACCAGCCGAAGAAUAUCAAUGUGAGGGUCAAGAGAAGAAGAGCGACAAAGCCCUGA